AAACAAAGUCAAUUUCGCGGAAAUGAUACUUUCUGUUUCAGUGCCAGAACUGGAAACGUUUGUGUAUUUAUCACAGUGAAUCAUCAUAUUUUAGUGUUGUGCGCAUUGUUAUAUGAUGGGGCAGUUAUUCGGGAUCAUUUCUGGCAAUAAGGAGCAGGAGAAAAGAUUAAAUAGGAACAAAGCUGACCAAAACCUAUAACCAAGUUGGUGAACAAGGAAGACUGAACACCAUUCAAAAAUUACAACUGCAUGAAUGUGUGACACCAUUGUGAUCGCUUCUACAUGCAUGGUGUGUAAUGUUACAGCAGAAUGGUGAACUGCUAGAACUGACACUAAUUGAGUGAUAUACCUCAAGCUGAAGAUGAUCCAGAUCCUACAACUGAGGAUUUAGGAAUAAACACUUGUGAACUUUCGACUAAUGAUACUCAACUGUGGUGUAGCAAGAGAGUACAGAAACAAAGAAAGAACAGUGAUAUAACUGAAAUAAAUGAUACUGUAGAAUAUUCAGUAGUUACAAGUAACAUCUUUGGAAGUGACUAUCAGAAAAUGGCAGAUGGGCAGAAUGUCCCAUCAGAGGAUGUAGAUCCCAAUGCAGUGUUGCGUAAUUUGGAGGAAUUAUUAUCAAGAGCACAAGAAUGUUUGAACACUAGAUCCUAUAAUCCUUAUGAAGCAAAGGCGUUACUUUUGAAUAGCCUACAAGUACUGCAACAUCAUAAAGACCUGAGGAAACAACAACCAAAUGCUAGUUUAUUUCGUAUAAAGCCAAAACUUCACCAAUAUUUGGGUUUGACUUACAUUCACCUGACCAAGUACAAAGAGGAAUCUAGAGCCCAGAAUAUACAAAGUGCUUUUGAUGAGUUUUCAAAUGCCCUUUGCUGCGACAAUUUAACUCCUGAAAUUAUAUGUGAUGUCACCAAUCCACUACAAAUUCUUGUGAAAGAUAAAUGUCUUUCCUGGUUGGAUGUUGACACUACAAACUCAUAUGCCAAGGUCAUCAAACUGUUACGUAAAUGGGCAAAAUCCAACUACAUCUUUGUAGAGUUGCUAUUGCAUUAUCUUAUUGCAACCAGCAAAUUGACACAUGUUCGAGAAAAUGAGAAAUCUGAGUGUCUACUUUUCCAGGCUAGAUUGUCCAAAGUUCAGGGCAACUCCCAGAAAGCCAUACAGUUAUGUGAUAAAGCCAAAGCAUUGGCUAAAUCAGAGCCUGUUGAGAGAGAAUUAGCCAGAGUUGCCAUUAAUGCUUGUUUCAAAGAAGGUGAACUCUUCACUGCACUAUCUUACCUCCAAAAAUUUAAGGAGGAUGAUAAAUUUGCUGUUUUAAGUGGAGAAUGCAAAGCCAAGGUGAAGGAAAAGGUUAAAGACCUUAUUGGCAAAAAUCAGAUCAGCAGUGCUGAGUCGUAUUUGAAACAUUAUGAGGAGGAUGGGGAAUUUGCUCCAUUACAUGAAAAGUUAAGAAAAAAGCGCCAAGAAUGGGAUGAUUUACUUCAAGAACGCAAAGAAGAAGUUGAUGUUGACUGGCUUCCCCCAGAGAUGCUGAACAGCAAAAAGAACCAAAACCAAUGGAAGACAAUAUCAAAGAAAACAAAGAAGAAUACAAAACCAGUCACAAAUCAUGUAAGAGAAGCCGACAAUAUUACUAUGAAGGAUGAGGCUUGUUCUCAGCCAGUUAAACAACAUUUGCAAUACACAACAAUCGACAGUGAUAAGACCCAGGCUGACUUAAUAAAAACAUGUGAAAACCACUCAUCAGAUUUUCUCCAAAUACACACACAUGACAAAGAAAGAACAGAAUGGAGUAACUUUUGUAUACCUUGUAAGAAGAAAUUCAAUGCAAAACAACAGUAUGAAGAGCAUAUCCAAUCCCAGAAACAUCAACGUAAUGAUGCCUUUUUUACAUCAAAGGACACUGCUGGGAAAGCGACACUCACCCAAAAUAACAAGUUACAACCACAAAUAGAACCAACUGUCAUUCCAGGCCCUCAUGAUGUGAAAGAAGGAAACAUCUUGAAAACAAAUGAUACAAUUUCUGACACCAAGGCAAGCUCUUCAAGACCAGAAGAACUGUCUGAGGAAAGGUUAAAUGGAUCCAAAGAUACAAUGCUGCUUGACCAAAAAGAUAUGCUGCAAACGCCGACUAUUAUCAAUCAAGAAGAAAGAAAAAUGAAUGAUGCAAAAGUAGAUAAAAAAGUUGUUGAAACUAAUGCAAUCAAUUCAAAUGUAAUAAUGCCAUCUGGUGAGGAGGAAGAGGUAGAACUUGAAGGUCCAUUCAAGCAGCAAAAUGGUGAAACUGAAACUAGUUGCGGUGAUAUUGUCACAAAGAUAGAAAUGGAAAGAAACAGUGGACUAAGCUUUGUUUUUGAUGAUGAUAAAUCUGAUGGUCUUUCAAGAUGUAGCAGUAGGGCUUCAGUGUUACAAGAAGACCCAGCUAUAAUGCAAAUAAAAGACACUGUCCCUGCUACAAUGUCUUUGCAGCAACCAACAGCUAUCAAAGAACUACAAAGAAAACCUGUUUCAAAUGAAGUGGUUCAAGAUAACUCAUCCAUACAUCCUGAGGCGCAAACACAAGACAGGGUUUCAACAACAACUGCUUGGCACAAACCAAUUGCCAUCAAAAACAUACAGAUGAAACAUGUUUCAAACAAAAGAAUACCAGUUAACCAGUCAUCGAGAAAAAGGCACAUCCCUAACCAUUGUGAUAUCUGUCAUAAAAUAUGCAAUUCAGAGGUGCAAUUUGGAUACCAUAAAGGAUCUAAGAAGCACCAGAGGAAAAUGAUAAAGAAACGAAAUGAAAGAAAAUGGAACUUUAGAACUUUACCAAAAGAUUGCACAUUUGAACUCUGUGACAAACAUGACAAAGGGAAUAAAUGCGAAUACUCAUUCGUUGAAAUGAAGUUCAAUAAAUGUGAUAAAGCACAUGGGCAGGAUGAACUUGAUGAGUGGCAUGAGCAGGAUGACCAUAAUAAAAUGUUUGACAGAAAAUACCACAACCUGAUGUCAUACAUACAAGACAUGCAAAAUGGGAAAUCAGAUCAAACCAUAUCUUUACAAAACAAGGUAGAGGGUGUCCAGUACAUGAUCAACAAUAACACGGUUAAAACUGAUGGUAUCCAACAUAUUGUUCCAAAACAAGAGAAAGUAACAACUGAACAAUGGGAGCUGACAAUUGAGACUGAUAGACCAAUCGAGAAAAUUUGUCUCAUACAAGACAGCCAGCGCUCAAACUUUGAAAUGGAAGUACCUGAGGAAUACACUGGAGAAGGAUAUGAAGAAAAACAAUUUGCUCUUAUUACAUACCCAACAGACCAAAAUGAGGAUUUUGAUUUGAGCUUCAGCCUAAAAUUCAAGUCACAUUGCUUCGGAAAAUUUGAACAAGACAUUGUUCUUGAUUUUGGCGAACGCACAAAAUUGAUAAUACCUAUCAAGCUAGAGAUUGUCUCUGCUGACACAAAAUCAGCUGAGAUUAACAAAAAAUUGUCUGAAUUAAUUGAAUCAGUUGAGGAACAAGCACAAUGGAAGUACCUCAUACCAUUUGGAGAAGAAAGAAACAGUACUCUUAAAGAAUUAGUCGAAGAUAUUACAUUUCAAGAUCCGAAGCAAACAGAAGAGAAACUAUCCGCUGACACUUACGAGCCAAUUACGGUAAAUCUGAUACACAUGGAAUGGAAAGCCUACAAGACAGCAAUAAAAAGAUACAACAUCUCAAGUGUUGCAAGAAUGAAAACAUACAAAAAUGGGUUAAUUGCAAAAGUACCACUAACCAGUGAUAUAAUGAAAGGCCAGCAUUUACUUGAGACUGUUGAGUAUGUGGCAAUUUCUAAAAAGAAUGAAACCCAACUGUAUGAAGCUUGUAUUCUGAAGGAUGUCAGUGGUGAGCAGAUAAAUGGCAGAAGUUCCCUUUGCAUCGUUCUGUCAAACAGGUGCUGUGAAGACUGGAUACUAAAGGAAGGGGAUGAUGUUGAUCUUACAAUUCAGUUUAUACCAGAUGAGUUGAGGUUCAAACUGAUGAAGUAUGCUGUAAGGCAGAUUUCAUCCUCCAAUCAAAAAUCUAGACUUAUUUACCCAUGUACCAAUGACAUACCGAGGGACUUGGAAAAGGAAAGCAUUCAAGAUAGGGAAAAACUUACAGGUCUAACAGAACAGCAAAAGGACGUUGCAAUGUGCAUAUUAAAACAAAAUGCUGCUCCACCCGUAGUUAUAUAUGGUGCAUUUGGAACAGGGAAGACUCAAACAUUAGCACACUCUGCAGUCAUAACAGCUAUUGCUAAUAAGAAAAAAGGCAACAAGAAAGCAGUUCUGAUAUGUACAAAUGAUAAAAGUUCAUCAGAUUUGUUUGCUACCCUAUUUGAUGGAUUCAAGGAAAAUGGUCUUUACAACUCAAUGAAAGGAGUAAAGUAUACAAGAAACUCAGUUUCGGACAAAAUCAAAUGUUCUAACCAUGACAUCAUAAUCACCACUCUGAGGGACUCCCUUGGUAUGCAUGCAAAGGAAACGAAAAGGCCUUAUUUCUCCCAUAUCCUGAUUGAUGAAGCCACAUCAUCACUAGAGCCAGAAACAAUCAUGCCAUUAACAUUCGCUGAUGAAAAAACAGUUGUCGUUUUAGCCGGAGAUCAUCUACAAGUCACCCCUACUGUUGUAAGCGAGACUGCCAAAGAAGAAAAUUUUCAGUUGACUUUAUUACAAAGACUCUACAGUCAUUACAAAGCGAGAGAUGAAACCAACCUCUCUGAAUACAGUCACUGCAUGAAUAAAAACUUUAGAAGUCACCCACAAAUUUUAGAGUUUCUCUCCGAUUGCUUCUAUGGUGGAAAACUGGAAUCAGGUAUGACAGAAAAGGCUAUGAUGGAAACCUGGAACUUGAAUGUGAAGCCUAUGACAUUUGUUGACACGCGUGGUGAUGUGAAGAACAGUGAAAUGUGGUCUUGCUUUAACAUGGCUGAAGUGGAUACAAUUUGCCAAGAGAUUAAGAACCUAGUUGAUGAAAAAUCAAUACAUCUGGACAAAAUAGCAAUCAUCACAUCAUCCUAUGCACAGGUUAUGAAAUUCAGAGAGAGGCUAGAAUACAUUGACUCUGCAUUCAAAGAUAUAUUUGUGGAUCUACCUCAGAACUCCAGAAGUCGUGAGUACCAGCACAUCUUUGUGAGCACAAUUGACUCACUCUCAAAUACCGCCAUAUCACCUCUCAGAAAAGAUAGGAAAUUGUUGAAUACCACAUUUGGAAGGGCAGAACAGUCUAUUUAUGUAUGUGGGGAUGCUGAGGCACUCCAGUCUGCUUCCCCUUGUCAAACAAUAUGGACAACUUUUAUUGAAAGAUGUUCAGAAAAGUCUGACAGUGAAGAUGAUAGAAUAUCAACAGUAAGUGAUGCUCCUUCAAGGGAUGAUGAAAAUGAAUGGCUUCAAGUAGAUGACAUCGUUGAGGAUUUAAAGAAAGACAAAGAAAGAGAAAAUAUUGUCACUGGAAACCUUAAAAACCAAUCUGUGGUAGAUAUUGCAGAAACUGUUGUUAGCUGUGAUACUGUCUAUGAUCGAGAGGAUGAUUAUAAAGAAAAAAGAAACCUUAGAAGUGGUUAUGAUGCUGAAAUUGAUAACAGCACUAGAUGUGAUGAAAGAGAGUAUGAUUUCCCACAAUAUUAUCCAGAGGAAGUGGAGCUAAUGAUGAAAGCUACAGAGAGAGGAAGUUCCUUUGAAGAAUGUUACAUCUCUAUUGAAGGUGGUGUGUUUGCCCGUUGUACACCAAUAAAUCCAUACAAGGCAAAAUAUACCAUAGAAAUAUAUGGAAGAAGGAAUUGUGGACAGACUCAGACUGGUGAUAAAGUAUUAGUAGAGAUCCUGAAUAGAAAGAAGGAUGAUCUGAUAAUCAAUGAUGCAAUACCAAGAAGAGGAAGAGUUAUCAAAAUUCUUAAGCAGUGCCGCAAUCUCAUUGGAUCAAGAUUUGUUUGCACCAUUCAAAAACAGUCAAGCUAUGACAGAGCAGUACAUAUGAAACCACUGAGUAAAUGUCUACCUGGUAUCAACAUAUAUGAGCCAAAAGAACAAAAAGGGUUCAUAGACAAAAAGAUCCAUGUUUGUAAGAUAGAAUCAAGGAGGUUGAAACAUCUGAAGAAAAUCAAACAUGAUCCAAAUAAGAAUAAAUUAUAUGUUGUACAGAUCCUGAAUUGGAACAAUCAUUUCCCCUAUCCUUUAGGAACAGUUGUUGAAAUAAAGAAUGGAGGGGAUGCAUUAGUGAGAGGCACUAACAUUUUGAAAAUGGAAUAUAUUUCACCACCUUCUCAUGAAGAAAGUGGGAUCACAAGCUAUAAAGAACGGAGCUACAGCAAGCAGCGGAAGAGAAAGAGGAAAGAUGGUCUACGUAGAAUUUUUACCUUUACAAUUGACCCAGCAGAUGCAAAUGAGAGGGAUGAUGCCAUUAGCAUGGAGGAUUUAGAUGAUGGAGGAUAUAGGAUUGGAAUCCAUAUAUCAGAUGUUUCUGAUGUUAUACCGAUAGGGUCUAGGAUUGACAAUGCUGCAAAAGAGAAGGGAUUUACACAUUAUGCAUAUGGCCAUGAUCAAGUGGUAGAAAUGCUACCUCAGUAUAUCACAGAAGGAUGCAGCUUGGAAGAAGGAGAAGAUAGAGAUGUCGUUUCUCUGCUUUUUGAAGUUGAUCAAAAUUUCUGUCUUAAAGAGAAAAGUUGUGAAUUCAAAUGUAGUACAAUCAGAGUUGACAAGAAGUUUUCCUAUGAUGAGGUCGAGCAGAUUCUAGAUGGAGAAGCUGACAGUGAGCAUCAAACGGAACUCAGAGAUCUUCAUCAGAUCACUGUAAAGAUGUCUAUAGUUAGGACAAAGGGUGUUUCUUACAUGGACUACAUCAGUAUUGACAAUAAAAAGGCAUGCAAGAUGAUUGAAGAACUAAUGACAUAUAUGAACAAUAGAGCUGGAAAUGAACUUUUGUUAAAGUACCCAGAAAGUGUCCCACUGAGACAUCAGUUUACAGCUGAUGAAGAGGAUAAAGAAAAGUGGAUUGAAGAAAAUAGAGGAACAGUCCAAUACCUGGCAUCUCUGAAACAUUGCAUUGAAUGUGAAUGGAAUGAUGUUCAGUACCUCAGCAUAAAAUCACUGCAUGUGACUGGUAUCAGAAAUGGUACUCUAAAAGCUGAGAGAGUAUUUUCCUCUGAAGAGAGUAUACCACAACUUCUUGCUUCAAAAGUGAAUUGGUACAAACUUCAAGCUUUUGCUAAUUACAUAUCAUCAGGGUGUCUUGAGAAAGAUGAAAGAGGUCAUUCCUCUCUAAACUAUGAAUGCUAUGUCCAAAUGACAUCACCCAUACGACGGUAUUUGGACAUUGUAUCACAAAGGAUGCUCAAAGCAGCUAUUGAUGGAAGUGAUUCUCCAUACAGUGUAGAGCAGAUGGAAGAACUGUGUGAAGACAUCAACCUGAAAAAGACACAGGAAAAGGAGUUUCAUCGAAGGAGUGAAGCUUUAUUGCGUGGAACAUUUUUGAAGCACAACCCUGUCCAAAUAUUAGCUACUGUCACAGCUGUUACAGACAAAUGUAUAGAGCUUGGAUCCCAUGGAGACUGGUUGAAACUUCCUAAAUCAAGGACGGUGCAAUUCUCACAUUUAUCUCUGCAGAGUGCACCAAUAGCAGAUGGAAAUAACUUUCCACUUCAGUGGGCAAAACGUGUGUUUGACAAAACAACUGAUGAGUUCAAAAAGGAUUGGAGUAUAAAUACAAAUAAAUAUGAAUCACAGGAGUUUCAAUUAGAAGACACACGUUUUGUGAAAAAGUAUAAUGCAUAUCAAAGUUAUAUCCCUAGAGAGAGUCACUUUAUGAAAGUUCUGGAGAAUAUGGAUAAUAGAGGUACAGCAGAUGACAGAAGACCAAGGAAACCUAUUGUCAAACCAGAUGUCCUUACAACGGAAGGAUAUGAUUCAAGGUUCCAGUUAAGGGUCAAGAAAGGAUCUGUCCUCAAGGUUCAACUGGGGUCAACCAUCCAUCAGGGAAUGGCCAUUCCCAACAUAGAGCUCAUAAACCUGACAGAAACUUACAACUUAUGCAUUCAGCACAAUAAAGAUCCCAUAUCAUGCUUCUCAAGAAUUGCAGUUGAAAGUACAAAAGAGGAAUAUAACAAUAUUGAAGAGUAUCAAAAUGUUUAUAAGCCUCUGCUCUCUAUGGAAAGUGUUACAUCAACAAUCAAUGAGGGUGAAAGUGACACAAUUAAGAACUGUGCAGUUCAGUGGGUUACUCCUAAUACAGGACGUAUUGAGUUCCGUAAAGAUUUUUGUCUUAAAAGAAAUAUAUUUCUAAAUAGUCAAGAUCUUACAAAGGAACCACUAGAAGAGAUGGAUGCUACCCAGUUCUACAUAUGCCUUGUCAGUCCCCUCCUUAACCAAGAUGAAUUGAUAACAAAUGAAUUAAAGUCUCUAAAUGAAGUUGACACAGUAUUGGAUCAAACAUACAAGGAUGUGAAAAAAGAAAGGGAUUUUGUAAAUAAAGUGGUUAAGCAGAAGAAACCCAAACACUGGAUUGGACAUGGAGUGGUGACUGGUGUAGAAAAAUUGGAAGAAAUUUCAGAUAUGGUGAAGUUCAGAAUUCAAUCAUCAAAUUUUUCUCUCCCUGAUGAAUUACGGGAAAAUGAGGAAUCUGAUGAGGAAGUUGUUGAAGAUGAUGAGGAUGAUGUGAUAGAUAUCAACAGCCCAGUUUUCAAGGUAAAGAAAUUCAAACCCCCACACCACCCUUACACAGUUGAGAUACUGCCAGUUGGCUUCUCCAUGAGAAAAAUGGAAUGUGCAUUGGGAAACUUAGGGAAGUCUACUCCUCUCAUCAAAAAGAUAGUCUUAAGAACUGAUAUCAACUCGAGGAUAAAAGUGGAAUCAUAUGAGGAGAUAGAAGAUCUUCCUGCUAAGUACAUGCAAGGCCAUAAAAUAAAUGAUCCACAAAAGGAGGCUAUUGAAGCUGCCCUCGAACAGGAUUUUUCUUUAAUUCAGGGUCCUCCAGGAACUGGAAAGACUGAAACAGCAGUUAGAUUGAUUCAUGCCUUCGGUGCAAGAAAUAGGGCUAGAACAACUGAGAAGAUUUCAAAGAAAAUGCUUUAUUGUGGACCAUCCAACAAAUCAGUGGAUGUGAUUGCAGGACUUUUAAAGAAAUCAUUAAUGCCUCGUGGAAGCAAGUCCAUUUGUCCAAGGAUACUUAGGGUGUAUAGUUCCACCAUCGUUACAAAGGAUUAUCCAGUGCCAGGUGUGCCCCAAAGAGGAACAAAAGGUUCAGAAGAUUCAAAGGCAGAUCCAAAUCACAAAGAUGUGACUCUACAUCACAUCUUGCAUGGUGAAAAAAGAAGGAAUCCCUUCACAGAACGUAUUGUUGAAGCAUAUGCAAUGAUACGAAGUGAUAAAUGGGUUGGUAACUAUAACGACAUUAAGAGAUAUCAACUACUGUUGAAAUGUGGAGAACUGUUUGAACUUCACACAUGUGAAGUAAUCCUUUGCACAUGUGCACACAGUGCUAAGGUUCUGCAAAAACUUAGCAUGACCCUCAUGGAUCUUGAACUAUUGAUACUAGCCGAUAACAAAAACCCAAAAGGUGUUGAAUGUGCUAAGACACAAGAUAAGACAGAGCAAAGUGGUGAAACAAAAAAGACAUCCUGUAUUAAGCCAGUCAGUGAAGAAGAAAAGAAUAAAUUAGCCGAAGUGAUGUGCGAUACUAAAAUUGGCCAGUUAAUCAUUGAUGAGGCAGCUAUGUGCACAGAGCCUGAAGCUUUGAUUGCAAUGGUUGCGACAAAGGCACCCCAGAUAGUACUUAUAGGGGAUCAUAAGCAGUUAAGACCAAUAGUUACCAACCGCAUUGCUGAAAAUCUAGGAUUUGACAGUACCUUCUUUCAGCGGUACGAAGAAAGUGCAAAAAUGUUGCAAAUCCAAUACAGAAUGCACCCAAGCAUAUGCCAAUUUCCAUCAAAUCAAUUCUAUGAUGGCCUGUUGCAAGCAGAUGUGAGUCAAAGUGAAGAGGCUUUAACAAGCCGUGACAUUCUGAAAGGGUAUUGGCAAGGUGGUGACGAUCAAAGGACAGUUUUCCUGAAUGUUUGUGGCGAGGAAAAGAUACUCACUGUCGGGACCAGUGAGGGAAAUGUAUCAUCCACCAGUAACGAGCAAGAAAUGGAUCAUGCUGUGAGGAUAUACCGCUGUCUCUUGCACAAAUUGUACAAGAAUGAGGAUGCCUUCAAAAACAUUGCAGUGCUAUCACAGUAUCGAGCACAAUGUGCCUUAAUACAUAAGGAGAUUGACAAGUAUCUUGAGCUGAGACAUGAAGCAACAUCUGUCAACACAGUUGUCAAAAGCCAAGGUGGAGAAUGGGAAUAUGUCAUUCUAUCUACUGUUCGCUCAAUGCAAUCUGAGGCCAUUCCAGAGGACAUCACUCAGAAAUGGAAGUCCAAGCAUUUGGGCUUCAUCAUUGAUGAAAACCAGAUCAAUGUUGCUCUCACAAGAGCAAGAUUUGGACUCAUUAUUAUAGGCAAUGCAGAUCUGUUGAGUUGUGAUCCUAUGUGGAAGGAAUUGAUUGAAGACUACAAGGACAGGGAUUGUUUCAUAGAGGCCACUGAUUUCCUCACUGACUUGAGCAAAGGCCUCCCAGGAAUGCCUGAGGAUUGGGAUCAGAAAUAUGAUGCGUAUGAUAUUAAUGAGGAACAGAGAGCCCCAAGGCUGAGUAGAGAAGCAUCAAAAGAUUGCCUCAGGAAAAUAAAGGCAGAUACCAUGUUGAUUGAGUGUGAAUGGCUGCUACGAGAAGCAUUGUCAGGUGUUCUUAGGAUGAGAGAUCUCCCAGAAACUGAAAACAGGCGUUGGAACGAAAGAUUUGAGUCAUUCUUUGCCAGAACUAGUUAUGAUGGAACCAAAAGGCCACGUUGGACUGAAACCAAAGAUUAUCUAAAGCAAGUCGGCCCUAUCCUGCAUAAUGGACAUGAAUUAUUAGCUGAAUUUGGUAGAAAAUCAAGCUUUAAGGAUCGCUUUGUUGUUCCUCUGAAAAGGCUUCGAAAUAUGUGGUCUCAAUGGAAUCACAUACAAGAUCCAAAUCUGUCCAUCUCUGAGCUAAAGAUUCUACUUAAACAGAUGGAAAUCCUUGACAUGCCUCGAAUGACACACAAGAAAGUUUAUCUGAAGAAAAUGAAAGAAGAACAUUUGAAAUGUCUGGAGAAAUUGGAGGAGAUUCAUCAUAAAAUGGUUGAGUACAAUGAAAAUCAUAGAGACAUGUACAAAGAGACUGGCGCUGACUACUUCAAGACCCGACUCAGAAACUAUGGUAUCAUCAGAGGCAUGCCAAACUCUAGCCGUCUGCGUAGUUUCAGGACACCUGCUGAACAUGACGACUUGCAUCCACUCAACAAUGACGAGGUGGAUGAUGCUGAUGCUGAAAGUAUAAUCCAAAUUGAAGAAAUAUCAGAUGAUGAGACAGUUUCUGAGGGUGAAUCAACCCAAGCUGAUGAACCAUACAUAAACAGUGAGACCAAAACCAUGCAUGGACAAUCUCAAUCAAGACACACUUCAGGGACACUCAGGAAUGUAGAUUCAGGUGAUGCAAGACAAUCCAUUGUAUCUCUCAAUGUAAGUGCUGAUUUAGUCCCUCCAAGCUUAUGUGCUGAGAUCUUAUACAUGGUGGAUGAUGAUGGGUCCACAAAUACAGGAUCAAAUAUUGCCAUAGAUAGAGACAAAACAUUGAGGAAAUCCAAAGAUCCAAAUAUGGUUGAUGAUAUUAAUGCCUCUGUUGAUCAGCUAUCGCACUCUCAAAGUGAACCAAAUGGGGAUGCCAAUGAGGAAAACCUGAUUGAACAAGAAGCUGGAGAAGCAGGAAGUAAACAGGCAUCUUCCAAAAAGAAGAAGUCAAAAAGGAAGAGAAAAAAACAUUAGACUUCUUAAAUACAUAGGUACAAUCACAAUAUUCAUCUAGAAUGGAUUGAUAUUGUUAGGCUAAUGAGACAGGCGAGACAAAAACAAUGGCAAUCAUAAUAAUUAGAACACUACUGUAGUUAGUCUUUAUCAAGUGCCUGGUUUAUUUUUGACUUUAGCCGAUCUGAAGAAUGCACUAAGAAUUUUCACUAAAAUCUUCAGAAAAAGAAAUAUCUGACAGUAUAUAUUACUUCAAUUAUUAUUAUACAGACUGUCAAGGAGUUUGAUCAUGGCCUUAACAUUUCCAUGUCAUUGUAAUUGACGCAUACAGAAUUAUAUAUACAAGAAAUAUUGUUCAUCUUAUUUAUCCAUUAAGUGUUAUA